GGUUUGGGUUUGGUUUUGGGGCCUGUUCAUGACUCUAAUUAAAGGCCUAAAAUUGUUCGAGUGCUAAAAAGAUUUGCAUAAAAACUUUGAAAAGCUUUUAAAACGCGAUAAAUCACGUCCAAUGGUAAUGGCCGUGAUACUGUUGCUCGCCCUGGCACUUCUACUCGGUUGCUAUUGCGCGAUUCAUAGGCAAAAGAUCAGUGCAAUAUAUCUGAAGCCUUUGCUGAAGAAUACUCCGCUAGAGGAUUACUACUAUGCCACGCCAAUUGAGGAGAGGAAGCGUCGCAGCAUCUGGGAUAUUCCGGGUCCACAGAGGAUACCCUUUCUGGGCACCAAAUGGAUAUUCCUCAUCUUCUUUCGGCGCUAUAAAAUGACAAAGCUGCAUGAGGUCUACGCAGAUCUUAAUCAACAGUAUGGUGAUAUUGUUUUGGAGGUAAUGCCCUCCAAUAUACCCAUUGUGCAUCUAUAUAAGCGCGAGGAUCUCGAGAAGGUCCUGAAAUAUCCCAGCAAAUAUCCGUUUCGACCUCCCACAGAAAUCAUUGUGAUGUAUCGCCAAUCUCGACCAGAUCGUUAUGCCAGCGUUGGGAUUGUCAAUGAACAGGGACCGAUGUGGCAACGUCUUCGCUCCUCCCUCACCUCCAGCAUCACCUCGCCCCGAAUCCUGCAGAAUUUCCUGCCCGCCCUCAAUGCCGUCUGUGACGAUUUCGUAGAGCUUCUUCGGGCCAGACGGGAUCCUCACACUCAGGUGGUGCCAAACUUCGAAGAGCUGGCCAACCUGAUGGGUCUGGAGGCCGUUUGCACCUUGAUGCUCGGACGGCGGAUGGGAUUCCUGGCUGCCAAUGCCAAGCAGCCGGAGAAGAUCAGUCAACUGGCGGCGGCCGUCAAGCAAUUGUUCAUCUCUCAGCGGGAUUCGUAUUAUGGCCUGGGAUUGUGGAAAUACUUUCCCACCAAGACGUAUCGGGACUUUGCCCGCGCCGAGGACUUGAUCUAUGAUGUCAUCUCUGAGAUCAUUGACAACGAGCUGGAGGAGCAUCGAAAGUCGGCGGCCUGCGAUGAUGAUGAUGCUGGCGGGCUACGCAGCGUAUUCCUUAACAUUCUGGAGCUCAAGGACUUGGACAUACGCGACAAGAAGUCUGCCAUUAUAGACUUUAUAGCCGCGGGUAUUGAGACGCUAGCCAAUACGCUGCUCUUUGUGCUCAGCUCCGUGACGGGAGAUCCUUCGGCUAUGCCUCGCAUUCUCAGUGAGUUCCUUGAGUAUCGCGACACAAAUAUCCUGCAGGAUGCUCUGACCAAUGCUACCUACACAAAGGCCUGCAUUCAGGAAUCGUACAGACUGAGGCCCACGGCCUUCUGCCUGGCGCGAAUACUGGAAGAGGAUAUGGAACUCUCCGGUUAUUCACUGAAUGCGGGCACGGUUGUACUGUGCCAGAACAUGAUCGCCUGUCACAAGAAUAGCAACUUUCAAGAGGCCAAACAAUUUUGUCCCGAACGCUGGAUUGAUCCAGGAACGGGCAACUUUACAGUCAACGUGGACAGUGCCAACAUUGUGGUGCCUUUUGGGGUGGGACGACGCACCUGUCCUGGCAAGCGAUUUGUCGAAAUGGAGGUUGUGCUGCUUUUGGCCAAGCUUGUUUUGGCAUUUGAUGUCAGCUUCGUGGAGCCACUUCAAACGGAAUUUGAGUUUCUGCUGGCGCCUAAAACGCCUUUGAGUUUGGUUCUUCGAGAUCGCGAAUUCUAGAACGUUUGUGUAGAAUACAAAAAAGGUAAAGAAAACUAAACUGUAUAUACAAGAAGAUGGUAUAGACUUUAGAACUUAUGUACUACUUCUGUAAAGACGCUCGCAAAUUAAUACUGCCAAUUUUAAUGGGUAACCUCAAUUUUUGAUAACUACUAAUAAUAAAUUCACAAGCUUUAUUAGUCUACCACAAUGGAAAUGCUACCUUUGGCAUGCCGUAGAUAAGACAACCUUGCAGGUUGUCCUUUUAUAACUGCUUACUCUUUUUUAUAAUCGAGUUUCUGUAUUGAAAUGAUAACUCCUUUUCGUGGCAGCUUUUAUAUAAGAUUAUUCCAGUAAAAAAAUUGGUGGCGAAUUGUCGGAUAUUAAAAAAAACUAUUCUUCCAAUCAAAAAGGCAGAAAUAUCCUUUUGAUAUUAAAUAAACAUGUCAAAUUGAGAAAAAUUCCUAAAAAUUAUUUCAUCAUAUAUAUUUUUACUUACUAAAUACUGUCUGCAAGGAUAUUAAAAGUAGUUUAACUUUCACACAUUUGUCAGUUCAGCCGAAAAGUAUGCUUUAAAAACUUUAAGUCGUUUCAGAAUUGUUUGAUUUCAAUUUAUUUAAUAAUUUAACUGUUAAUUGUGAGCGUUUAUAUUGUACUUUAGUAAAGUAACAUAUAAUGGAGAGAAGAAGAACCCAGAAAUUAAAUUAAUUAAAAAACCAAACUGUAUAUAUGAAACAUAUUUAGUAUGUAGAAUCCAUAUGAUAAAUAAUGCAUUUAUUUGUUUAAAUGUCAGUUUCUUUAUGUUGUUGUAAUUAGUUAUUGUUAUUCUUAAGUAGCGGCAAUUAAUUGUGUGCGUGUAAACGGAAAGACUGUUUUUAAGUUUUGUUGUUUAAACGAUGUAAAUCUAAUCUAUAAUUUGUAUAAUGCAAACUAAUUCUUAAUUAAUU